CAUCCAGCGAAUUUUCUUCGAACCGAUAUUCGAGAAGCAAAAGUUGCAAAUGGAGUACAUUUACCAGUUGCACCUGGGAAAAGGUCGUUACAGUUGCUACAGUUGACAACUGAAAGACGGGCGUACACACUGACACGUUUCCGGGCGAACAUGCAUUAUUCUUUUCGUGAGAAUCGAUCCGGCAUUAGCGCUGUUCGUCACACUGAUCCACCAGUGAUGGUUGCGGGAAUCCUCUUUUUGAGUGAUACCAUGCUACAAGUGGUAGCUCCGGAGAAGCUGACCAAUGUGCUUUUGGAGUGUUUUGAGCCGACUCAGGGUGUCGAAGAUAUGAUAGCCGUCCUCGAUCGUUGCACAUAUGAAGAGCUGAACUUUCGACAUUGUGUUCUGGCUUGGGGUCACGAUCUGAUCACCUACCUCAAGAAUAGCGCGAUAGAUGCUGCCGGUAAAGCUAUCGCUGCUCUGAUUCAUUUACGAGCGACGCUGGAAAAUAAGAGGGAAGCCUACGAACGUGAGGGCUAUCGUCGAAGGAAAUCGCCGCAGUUCUGGAUAUUGACGAUCCCU